AGCAGGUGGCUGUCCUGGCCGCCUUAGAGCUAUGCUGCGGAGAGUUUGCUCCUACACCAAGUGCUGCAAGUCCUGCUGGGUUCCAGCUUAAAAGUUUUGGCCAGAAAGAGGAGUCUGGCUUGAUUUUACCCGAGCUCUUCCAAGGAUGGCUUCGCUCUUCCAGCACUUGCGAGUGCUGCUGUGGAAGAACUGGCUGAGCGUCAAAAGGCAGCCUCUCUGGUCACUGACGUUAGUUGCUUGGCCGGCAUUUACAUUCAUCCUUGUGGCCAUUAUUCGACUCAGUUUCCCCCCUGAAGCUCAGCCAAAUUGUUACCUUGCCCCUCGGAAUCUUCCUAGUGCAGGUUUCUUCCCAUUUCUCCAAACGGUGCUCUGUAAUUCAGAUGCCAUGUGCAAAAGCACACCAUAUACACCAGAGGACCUCCUGCCAAAUCUGACUGGCCUUUCACCCGUACGUCGAAAGCGGAGAAGGUCAGCUAAUCUGGAGAAGGACAGAAAUCCAUCAUCCCAGAGCGCUAAUGUUACAAAAAGGAGAAAUGGUUCACUGGAGUUGAUUGAUUCAAUAGCCAAUCUGAAAAGCAUCACUGAAAAUAUUUCAUCAUUGUCCAACCACACCAGAACUCGUUUGUUCAAAAAUAUUCUCAGGCUGGGAGAGAUGCAAAUGCAAAACCCGACUGUGGCAAAUCUUAAAGCUGGUAUCUGUGAAGUUUUGUCAGCGUACGCUUCUUCUCAUAAUCCCCUUUGGAAAGCUAUGGGUGCAAACAUCUACCAGACGUUUUGCUUCUCCGAGUUGUCUCUUGUGGAGUCAUUUUUUCAAGAAUUCAGAAGUCAGAUUUCUAAAUUGCAGGAUGAUCCUCAGUACCAGGUGGCAUUCGUCAAGGAAACCGUCUAUUUCCUGUCACUCCUCUCCCAACUCCAGAAUGAAACUUCUGUGUGGCGCAUCCUCCUGCUGGCCCCGGAUAUCACUCAAGGGGUAAUCCAUGUGAAGAAGAUGGUGGCCGCCCUUCAGAAUACAAGCAGGACUUUUAUAGAUAUGAGAAAUGGUUUUCCACCAGAGGAUAGUGAGAGUGGACUGCAAGCUCUUCAGAACAUGAUCAGCAAACUUAUAUAUUCGCUGAACUGUACAGAACCAGAUGAGAACAAUUCAGAAAUUACUGAUCUUUGUAAGCUCGCUCUCUACUGGAAAGGCAACAAUAUUUUAUUGGCUCAAAUGAAAGAUUUUUUGAGUGAAACAAUAUCUCCAGAUUCUGAUGGUGUGAAUUUCAAAAUGGAGAAUCUCUCAAAAUAUGUGAAAACUAUUAAAAAAUCUCUGGCUCUUUUCAAAGAUGUACAAGACGGUGACAAGAAUCCUGAACCGAGAAACCUAAAGCUGUUGAGAUUGAUUGAACUCCUGUCAUGGCGAAUGAGUGGUGACAAAGUCAAGAUGUUAAUGGAUCUAUUUAGUAAGGAAGACAUCUUUGAAGACCACAAUUUUACAUCCCUGCGGUUUCAAAAUGGCAACAACACCUCACCCUUAUCCCAUACGAUGGCUUACUUGAAAGAAAUACAGAACAUCUGUAACUUAACCAGGAAUAUUUGGAACGUAGUAUAUUUAAACAAGACUAAUUUUAAGGCCACAAAGUUAUGGCAAACCUUGAAAACGAUAACUUCUCACAGGUUUAUUAAUGUGCCUGAGAAGGUUAGGAAAUAUUUAACUGCAGUGCAAGAGCUGCCAUCGCUGUUUGCAAAUUCUCUACUUGAACCUACUACAACUACUGAAAACUUUCCUGAGAAGAUCUUAGUGCUGCAGAAAAUCUUUGAUAUCAUUGCAAAUGUUAACGUAAGUCACAGUUACCUACUGAUCUCCUCCUUGACUGACAUGAUGCAGAAAAUUCAAAAUUCCAUUAAUGCCUAUCAGUGGAAUGAAUUCAAUACCUAUUGGCAUAUUGGUGAAAAAUUAAGAUCUGCAAAAUGGAACGAUACAGACAUAAUUGCUUAUGGGCAGGUUCUGGAUAUACUCCACAACAAUCUGUAUACUCAUCACAGUGGCUCAGACCUUCCUUUGAAGAAAGAACUGGACCAACUGACUACUUUUGUGAACCAUUUACUAGAAGACUAUGGUGGAGAAAUCAUAAGUGGAGGAAAUGUCUCGAUGGUUUUAGACACCAUCUUGAAAACCCUAGAUGUGUUAGAAGACCUGGAAGAAAAGUACAUCAAUGAAUUGAUCACUACUAAUCCACUAACGAAUGUUGAUAAUGAAACUAUCCAAAGAUUGUUUGAAAUAGUCAAGGAAGGAGUGGAUAUACUUUCUGAUCCAAGAUUGAUGGAAGCAUCCAGUAUUAAAAAAAUAGAUAACCUUUUCAGUUUCUCACGCUUGUUAAAUUUGCAGGACUUUUAUAGGACUUCAGUAAGGCGUAAUGCAUCAGUGGGAGGAAAAGUGUUAGAACUCUGGUAUUUAACCUUGAGCCCUUUUCUAAGAGAAGAUAUUCAAGAUAAUGAAAGGCUGCUGAACUGCACAGUCAAGGACUUUCAUCUCAUUGCAAUUGAAGUCUUGUUUACUAACACCACACUAAAUGAGGCCUUGACAGGAAGCAACUGCCGUUUCCUUUUUACUUCCAUGAACACUGAAAACAGGACAGAGAUCAACAAUAAAACAUUUACUGAAGUGUUUCAACUUGCGCUAAGAAAUUUAAAAUCAAUGCCAACUUUUGCUAUGCUCCACACAAACAAAUACUUUUCAGAUGAAUUUCAGUGCUUCGUCAAAUCAUUAGAAUUUUCAUCAGGGUUUCUUUCCAAAUUGGACAUUCUUAAUAACGACAAGAAUCCAUGGAUACAAAAGAUGCAUAGAAGUCUAGCAACCAUCUCGAGCCAACUCUCCCAAAGUAAUCUAACCUGCCAAGUGUCAUUGUUUGGCAAUAUGGCUGUCAUAAAUGAAUCUAUGGCAUUUCAUAUCUUGAUUCCUUUUAUGAUGAAUGAUACAGAAACUUAUUCACAACAUUUAUCCAUCAGUCAAUUCGUCUGGGAGCAAACACUUUCAUCUUUUAUGUCUCUGCUCAAUGAACCUGACAAGAAUACUAGUAUAUCAAAGCUGUUCGAAAACAGGGGGGAAGCUGUCAACCAUCCACAAUGGAAGAAUUUAUCAGCUGUCUUGAGUAAGGUUGCAAAUAUAUUGAACAUUAUCCAAAAUGUGACAGAUUUGAAUCUACUAGACAUGAUUAGAAAAGCUCUCAUUCUUGUUGGGACUAGAUUACCUCCAAAUACAGCAGAAAGUCAUCCAUUUUUUAAACUCUUAAAUCAGGGGGGGAAUGUUUCCUAUUCUGAAGAUCUACUUGGUUCAUUAAAAUUGUCCAACAUAACUUCUGAGGCAUAUUAUAGAACUUACUUAGAAAGGAAUUUCAAUCAUUGGUCUCCACAAGUCAGUGCCCUAGCUCAAAGGCUUUUCUACCUUAACCCUCAGUGGGAAGGCACCAAAAAGGCAGUAAAUUUAACUAGGAUGAUUUGGAAUAAGUUGUUUUUAAAUGAGACUAGUUUUAGUUUAGCGGUGAUAUGGGAAACAGUCAAACAGGUGAUAUCUGAGGCAAUGCCACUGUUUCCUAGGGACCUGAGAACUGAUCUCCAUUCAGCACAGGAAGCCCCAUUGGAACUUCCAGAUUUGCUGCUUAAAUCUAUUGCCACAAAAACCAUUCUGGAGCAAAUUUUAUCACUGCAGAAUGUCUACAACAUUACAGCAAACAUCAACAUGAGCGAAAAUGAUCUUUUCAUCAUUUCAGGAAUAAUUCAAAGAAUCCAAAAUGCAACAAAUAAACUCUGGUGGAAUGAGCUGAGUGUCCUUGAACGUGAACAAUUAAGAUCCAUUAAACUGAAUAGUUCAAAUCCUGAUGCUUACAGGCAUUUUUUGAAAAUUCUGCACAAUCACUUAAUUACACCGCAUAAUGUUUCCAGUCUUCAUUUCAGUCUAGAUCUGUUUACUAGCCUUUUAUCCCAUGUACUACAAAAGGGCAGUGAAGAAAACCUCCAAAGUAACACCAUCUCAGAAGCAUUAAACACUGUCCUCAGGAAUCUGUUAUUUCAGGAAAACUUUGCACAUCGAUUUAACCUUAGCCAAUUAGGAACAGUGAUGAAUGAAAGUAAUAAAACCCUCCAGAGAAUAUAUGACACGCUGAAGAGAGGGACGUUUAUACUUUCUGACAACAGAUUGGAAGAAGCAACUGAUAAAGAAAGAAUUGCCACCCUGUAUGACUUUUCGCGCUUUCUGUUUCAAAGGGAGUUUAACCAGAUUUUGUUAGGGCACAGGACAUCAUUGGAAGCAAAGAUAGUGGACAUCUUGCAUUUAUCUCUGAGUCCUUUCUUAGAUAGUAGGAACCAUGGUGGAAGGCUACAGAACUGCAUUGUCAAGGAUGUAAUUCACAUAAUACUUCAGAUGUUGCAUAAAAAUGCCACACUUCAUGAGUCCUUCAAACAAAGCCAUUGUGAAAUCCUUUUUACUUCCCAGGACUCUGAAAACAGAACAAAGCCUAAUCAAACAUUGGCUGAAUUGUUCCACUUCUCAAUAAGAAAUUUACAGCUGAGUCCAGAAUCAGAAAAUCUUUACAAAAAUAACAUUUCUAGCACAUUGUUAUGCCUCAUCAGAUCCCUACAGUUUUCUUCAGGCUUGCUUUCAAAAAUGGACAACCUCUUUAAUUUUAAAAAUCCUUGGAUACAACAAACUUAUAAAUCUCUAGCAUCAGUUUCCAAAGCGCUGCCCUCAAAUAAUUCAACAUGCCUAAUCCCAGUCCUUGAUGGAAUAAAUGAUGUAGUCAAUUAUUAUCCUUUAAACAUCGUCUCAGCUUUCGUUGCUAAUGAAACGAACAUUCGUUCACAAAAUUUCACUGACAGGUUACUGGACUGGAAUAAUUUGUCAGUGUUCUUCAAGUUAUUGCAGGGUAACGUCCACCAGUAUUCUUUCAUGAAUGAAGCUCUGCAGAUGCCUGAGGAUGUCUCUAGCCAUUUUGGAGAGGACAGUUUUCCACAAAUCUGGAACUUGGUCUCCAAGUGGAACCUGACAGAAACAGAGUAUGAAAAUCUUGGCUUGAAACGAAUGGAAAGGGCUCUCACUCACAAUGAGUCAAACCUUGAGAAAGCGAUGCUCUUAGAUGUGUUGAAGAAGCUGAAAACAGACCGAGAUCCAACUUUUCAUACAAACAAACCUAAUGUGGAAUAUCCUUUCACCAUGACUGCUGAAAUGCUUUUCAAUAAAAUCUUACUUCCGAAUGAGCUGGGGAAAACAUCAUCUCCAAACAAUUUGAUUGCACAGUUUUUGUUUUCGGAAUUUGAAAAUACCUUCUUAAAAACAUUGCCUGAUAAUGGUUUUCGAUCAUACAUGCUUUGUCUGAUGAAUAUGACUAAAGUGCUCGACAGUGAAUUAUCAGAAAAUGCAGCUCUUCCUUUGGAUGCAGAACUGUUGCAAAGCAUUCUUUUUGCUCACAGUGACAUCUACAAGAAAUAUUCAUCCAUUCCAGAAAUCCUGGCGUUUAGACUUGCACGUCUCCAAAACUUGACAUCGGCCCUCUGUGACUCUGAGCAGUUCAGAGCAUCACUGCAAGCCUGCCAACUCCCUGAUGCCAGUUUUGUGAACUUGUGCAAAGAAAGUGAGUUUCACAAGAAGAUUCUUCAUAGUGUUGCAAGAAGUGAGCACGUUGUGGCCAGCCUAAUUAAUCACAGAAGUGUGCCUGGAGAACUUCGACAAAUGCUUGUUGGAGACCCCAGAAGACUCCAGCAGGAAAUUAACUGGUUUCGAGAAAAUGUGCCGCAGUUUAAUUAUAUCCGAGACAUCCCUCAAUAUGUGGCUUCUGUGAAUUCUAUAGUGAAUCACACAAAGAAUGCGGCAUAUCCUAAGGGGCAAGACAUGGUAAUAGAUCUGUUCAGAAAUGUUGACCGCCUCAGGGAGGAUCUCAGGAAUAUGGUGAGAAUGUCAACGGAAAGUAUAGAUGCUCUACUGGAAAUGCCUCUUCCGGAAAACAGAACAGAGCUGAUCUUUCAGAUGUUCCAGCUGGAAUCUUGUAAACAUGUGGAUGCUGACUCUAAGAUGGAAAUCAUAGCAAAGGACUUCUGCAGCCUGUCUCUCACAGAAAGGGCCCACAAAUCUUAUGUUUUGGGGGUCACGCUUCUGCAUUACGUGGAUAUAUACAACUUCAUGUACAAGAUGUUUUUCCCUAAGAAACUACAGUCUUCUCUGGAUAAGGUAUUUGGGCUCCUCGAAGAUUUGGAUCACUUCAAGAACCAGGUUGAAUCUGAUGUACGCCCGCUCCUGGAUGCAAUUCAUUCCCUUAAAAAGCUACGUCAGUCAAGAAAUGCACCACUUUCCAAGGCACUGUCCAAGGCCAGCAAUCUAACAGUAAAUAACAAGACAUUUAAAACCAUUUCGAAAACUCUCUGCAACCAGGAAAUCACCCCUCUGUUUUUCGAAUCCCUGCUUCCUGAUUUUGAAGAGCAGAACAUUCACCAUUCUUCUAUACAUGAUGAGGGUGUGAAACACAUUAUGAAGAAAUAUGGCAUUCCACAGGAUUCCACUCCUUUCUGCUUAUCAUUCUAUUUGGACCUGGUUAGGACACCUACUGGGGCGUUAAUUUGGUCUUUCCUCAAGCCCAUGCUGCUUGGGAAGAUUUUGUAUACACCAGACACCCCUGAAACAAGAGCCAUCAUGGGAAAGUCUAAUUCAACUUUGAAGCUGCUGGCUGACCUAGCACAUAAAUCCCAGGAGUGGCUAGACAAUUCACCAUUGAUCAUGAAUUCGCUGACCGCAUUAAAUCAGACCAUUCCCAUACUGAAGAAUACAUUGCGGAAUCCCUUUGUGCAAGUUUUCAUCAAACUCAUGGUGAAGCUGGAUGCCGUUGACCUUCUACACCAAAUUAACCAAUUGGAUGAUAUACGUUUGGAACUGCAAAAUAAUGCUGACAUCAUAAAUCAACUUGACAUCUUAUCGGAACUAGCAGUCAAUGUCUCCUCCUGUGUGCUGUUUAAUCGCAUCCUACCUGCGAGGUCUAUAGACGAACUUGAGAUGGUGGCGAAAAAGCUAUUUUUGAAGAACGAGCUUUUUGCAAGUAUUAUUUUCAAGUUGCCUUCAGACAACCAAAUGAAGAAUGGAGCAACCCCUGGAAAUCUUUCCCUCCCACCCUUGGUCAAUUACACCAUUCGAAUGAGCAGCAAAAUUUCCCAAACGACAAAAAGGAUCCGAGAAAAAAUCUGGACGGUGGGUCCACAUAACUCAGCCUCACAGAGCCAAAUCUACAGCCGGGCCUUUGUCUAUAUGCAGGACAGCCUUGAAAGAGCAAUCAUCGAAUUGCAGACAGGGAAACGGGCAGAAGAUAUAGCGGUACAAGUUCAGGCGACUCCCUACCCUUGCUACAGUAAAGACAUGUUCCUGACUAGUGUGACCUACUCGCUUCCAUUUACUCUGAUGGCUGCCUGGGUACUUUUCAUUGCCGCUUUUGUGAAGAAGCUUGUUCAGGAGAAAGAUCUGCGGCUUUAUGAGUACAUGAAGAUGAUGGGCGUCAACUCCAGCAGCCAUUUCUUUGCUUGGUUCCUGGAGUGUGCCUCCUUCCUUCUCGUCACGGUCUCCUUCCUCAUCCUGAUUCUCAAAGUGGGGAAUAUCCUUCCCCACAGCAACGUUGCGAUCUUGUUCCUGUAUCUCACCAAUUACAGCUUUUCCGUCAUCGCCAUGUGCUACCUCAUCAGUGUCUUCUUCAACAACACCAACAUUGCUGCUUUGGUCGGAAGCCUCGUCUACAUCCUAACCUUCUUCCCCUUCAUCGUGUUGCUUGUUGUUGAGAACCAUGUCAGCUUCUCCGUGAAGAGCCUACUGAGCCUUUUGUCUCCAACUGCGUUCAGCUAUGCCAGCCAGUAUAUCGCCCGCUAUGAAGAGCAAGGUGUUGGUCUUCAGUGGCAUAAUGUGUAUAAAUCGCCUAUGACAGGAGACAACACUAACUUUAGCUGGAUGUGUUGGCUAAUUCUGAUCGAUUCUUUUAUUUAUUUCAUUCUGGGAUGGUACAUUAGGAAUGUUUUUCCAGGAAAGUAUGGUAUGGCAGCCCCAUGGUAUUUUCCACUGCUCCCAUCUUACUGGGAAGAGCGCUACGGUUACAUCCCAUUAUGGAAUGGAAACAGAAAAGGCCUUCAUUUCACCAACUUCUUCUUCAGAAAAGAGCCGGCAUUCCCCGAGAAGAUGUAUGUUCAGAGCGCUUUGCCUUCUAACCUUGAACCAGAACCUAUCAACCUAACAGUGGGAGUUUCUCUACACGGAAUAACAAAGAUCUAUGGAUCCAAAGCUGCGGUUCAGAAUCUCAACUUGAAUUUUUAUGAAGGAAACAUUACAUCAUUGCUGGGUCAUAACGGAGCUGGAAAAACAACAACAAUAUCUAUUCUGACAGGUUUGUUCCCUGCUACAUCAGGCACUAUAUUUGUUUAUGGUAAAGAUAUCAGAACUGAUCAGGAUAUCAUCAGGAAAAACAUGGGGAUCUGCAUGCAGCACAAUGUGUUAUUUAGCUACCUCACCACCAAGGAACAUCUGCUUUUGUACGGCUACAUCAAGGUGCCUCACUGGAGCAAGCAGGAGCUACGCGAAGAAGUAGAAAGGACUCUGAAGGACACUGGCUUAUACAACCAUCGCCACAAGCUUGCGGGCUCCUUAUCGGGAGGGAUGAAAAGAAAGCUGUCAAUAUCGAUUGCCCUCCUCGGAGGGUCGAGAGUUGUGAUUUUGGACGAGCCAACCACCGGGGUCGAUCCGUGUUCAAGGAGAGGCAUUUGGGAGAUCAUAUCGAAGAACAGAAAAGGCAGAACCAUCAUUCUCUCUACCCAUCAUUUGGAUGAGGCAGAAGUCUUGAGUGACAGGAUUGCCUUCUUGGAGCAUGGGGGGCUCAAGUGCUGCGGAUCCCCUUUCUACCUCAAGGAGACCUUUGGCAGUGGAUACCAUCUGACCCUCACGAAGAAAAAGAGCACGGCUUUAAAAGUGGCAGAAGAGUGUGACACCUCUGCUGUGACGGCCAUGAUCCAGUCUCACCUCCCAGCAGCCUAUCUCAAGGAAGACAUCGGGGGAGAGCUUGUCUAUGUGCUACCCCCGUUUAACAGCAAAGUUUCCUCAGCCUAUCAGUCUCUUCUGAAAAGCCUGGACAAUGGUGCAAGUGACCUUCAUAUUGGCUGCUAUGGAAUUUCAGACAGCACAGUGGAAGAGGUAUUUCUCAAUUUGACCAAAGACUUAUCAAAAAGCGAAGAAGCGGAUUCAGAGCUGCCCCAAGAGGGGCCUGGCGUUCUGGAGAACGAUGAGAUGUCUAUGAACUCUGACAGCUUCACUGAAAGAGAUGACCAGGCAUUAGUCAAGCCCGUGAAGCAGAAUGACUUCUGCCUGUUGCUGAGGAAGGCCUCAGCCUUGUUCGUGAAGAGGUUUCAUCACACCCGGCGCAACGUGAAAGGCUUCAUCGCUCAAGUCGUCCUCCCCGUGCUCUUUGUGACAGCCGCCAUGGGCCUCGGCACCCUCAGGACGGAGGUGGCAGAAUACCCGGCGCUCCAUCUCUCACCAUCCUUGUAUGGUUACUCUGGCCAGACAGACUUCUUUGGAAACUAUAAUGAGAGCACGGAGCCUUUGGUUGCUUCCUUGCUUUCUUACCCUGGAGUGGACAACACUUGCCUGAACAGAAGCAAUCCAGGGUGUUUCAAGGAAGAUGUGCCUGCUGAGUGGCUAUCCAGUGGGAAUCAGAGUGCCCAGUAUUCUGUCUGCAAUUGCACAGACAACACACAGACUUGCCCAAAGGUUGGUUUUUCUCCUCCUCACAAAAGAACUUUCUCAUCCCGGACAAUUUAUAACCUGACUGGCCAUGAUUUAGAGGCAUACCUUCUAGUAACUGCCAAGGAUUUUGUGCAGAAGAGGUAUGGUGGUUGGAGUUUUGGGAUGCCUUUAACUAGCGACCUCCAGUUUGAUAUCUUACCUGUGCCUGCUAACAGAACGAUAACUAAGGUCUGGUAUAAUCCAGAAGGUUAUCACAGUCUCCCAGCCUACCUGAACAGCUUGAAUAACUUCAUACUCCGAGCAAACUUGCCGAAGGAGAAGUCUUCCAAUUAUGGUAUUUCUGUCGUUGCUCAUCCAUACCCUGGUGGAGAGAGUCAGGAACAAGUCAUGCUUAGUAGUCUACUAGACAUCAUCGUCUCCAUGUGUGUCCUGAUUGGCUACUCCAUCACAACAGCAAGCUUUGUGCUUUAUGUGGUAAAGGAGCACCAGAACAAGGCCAAACAGUUGCAGCACAUCUCAGGCCUUGGGGUGACAAGCUAUUGGGUGACCAACUUCAUUUAUGAUAUGGUUUAUUUUAUGGUUCCUGUUACACUCUCAAUAGGAGUAAUUUCAGCUUUUCAGAUACCAGCUUUCUUCAACAACAAUAACCUGUUGGCAGUGUUCCUUCUUCUUUUUCUUUUCGGAUAUGCAACGUUUUCAUGGAUGUAUUUACUGGCUGGGAUCUUCAAGGAAACAGGAAUGGCCUUUAUAGUUUACGUCUGUAUCAACCUGUUCUUUGGUAUCAAUACCAUCAUCACUCAUUCAGUGGUGUUUCUGCUUUCCCAAGAAAAGGCCACCGAUAAGAGCCUGCAUGACCUUGCUGAGACCCUGAGGCACGUUUUCCUGAUGUUCCCACAAUUCUGCUUUGGAAGCGGUUUGAUCGAACUCUCGCAGCACCAAGCCCUGAUGGGUUUCCUCAAAGCUUAUGGCGUGGUUUACCCAGACAAAACCUUUGAGCUUGACAGGAUAAGUUCCAAGCUGCUCGGACUUUUCCUCCAAGGGACCCUGUUUUUCUCAAUCCGCCUCUUGGUCGAUGAUGGAACAGUUCAAAAAGUCUGGUAUAAAAUAUUAGAAUUCCUCUAUGACAAAGUGCACGGCAAACUGCCGCUUCAGCUGGAAGCGGCUGAGGAAGAGGAAGACAAGGAUGUCCUAGCAGAAAGCGAGCGCGUUGCAGCAGGUCGAGCGGACUAUGACAUGGUGCAGCUCCAGAACCUCACCAAGAUCUACCAUCUUCUUCAUCGAAGGAUUGUGGCAGUCCGGAACGUCAGCAUUGGAAUCCCAGCAGGGGAGUGCUUUGGCUUGCUUGGCGUGAAUGGGGCUGGAAAAACCACCAUCUUCAAAAUGCUGACAGGGGACAUCGGGCCGUCUCAUGGAAGGCUCCGGGUGCGAGAUGAAAACGGAUCCUUGAGUGAUGUUGAUGAUGCACACUGGUCGCUGUUUGGCUACUGUCCUCAAGAAGAUGCCCUUGAUGAUCUCCUGACUGUUGAGGAACACAUGUACUACUAUGCUCGGUUGCACAGCAUCCCAGAGAAACAUAUUAAAGGGAUUGUACUUCAGCUUCUUUAUCGACUGAAUCUGAUGCCUUACAAAUGCCGAGUCACAUCUAUGUGCAGCUAUGGCACCAACAGGAAGUUAUCAACUGCUCUGGCUCUUCUUGGAAAACCAUCAGUUUUACUGCUGGAUGAACCAAGCUCUGGGAUGGACCCUAACGCCAAGAGGCAUUUGUGGAAAAUCAUCUCUGAGGAAGUACAGAACCAGUGUUCAGUGAUCCUUACUUCUCACAGCAUGGAAGAAUGUGAGGCUCUCUGCACACGACUGGCUAUCAUGGUGAACGGAUGCUUCCGGUGCCUGGGUUCCCUGCAGCAUAUCAAGAGCAGAUUUGGAAAAGGAUUCACUGUGAAGAUGCACUUGAAUAAUGGUGCUGCUAGCAUAGAGAAGCUGACACAAUUUAUGCAGUCAAGCUUUCCAAAUACACAUCUAAAGGACCAUCAACUGAACAUGGUGGAAUACCACGUCCCAGUGUCGGCUGGAGGUGUCGCCAAUAUAUUCCAGCUGCUGGAAGCCAACAAAGCUGUCUUUAAAAUCAGGCACUUCUCUGUGAGCCAAACAACUCUAGAAGAGGUUUUCAUCAACUUUGCUAAACAUCAGACUGGCCCUGAGGUUUUGGAAGCAAGUUCAGACCACUCUGGUUCAAGCAACUGAGAUCCUAACAUCGCAGCUAUCUUUUAAGAUCAUGUUUUCAUAAGAUUUUGUAUUUACCUGUUUUGUAAUCUUCAACACUAAAGCCACAAAUGGUGAAGUUCACUAUCAAUUUAGUCUAUUAUUUGUUCUUCAACUUUUGGUUAAUAUGCAAAUGAAUUGUUUGUGCCAAGGAUGUGGGGACCCAUUUUAGUACAGGCACAGUGGUCUCAUGCGCUCAGGAAUUUCUGUUCCCCCUCCCCUUCCCCCAUGUAGUGUUUAUGCACCAUAUUUAGUAGGAGAUGGCAUCUGCUCUGUAUUCAGAGUCAUAAGCUAAUGCUGUGCUGUGUGUACAAAUUUUGUCAGUAUUAAAGGAAAUGACUUAAAAUCCAAGGUAGUUACAGAUUCUGUAAGUUUCUUAGGAACUUUGGUAACAGAGAUUGUCCUUAGCAAGAGCUCAGGCUAUUUAAUUGUGGGAAUACAGCUUGGUGUCCUCUGAACUAUGAAGCAGCACUGACAUUUAAGAAGAAAAGCAACUUUUCUGCCCUUAAAACAUCAGUAAACAGAGGCUCCGACGGUGUCACUUUGUGUUUUCCUAGUGGAACUCCCAUCCGCAAUGCCACUCUUCUGUGUCAUCUACCAUAAUAUUCUGUAAAAACCCAAAUACUGAAAUCAGAAUAAAUUAUAUAAUGUAAAUA